AUGCCUAUGGCGAAUGUAACACCGCCAGAGCGCCUUGAGCGCCUUGAGCAUCGCGAGCAUGAUGUUGAGAGGGAGUACUCUCUCUAUCAGGAGGAGAAGCGGCCAAUUACUGGGAUCAAGUGGUUCCUGCUGGUGGCCAGCACCUUGACGGGUAGCUUCCUCUACGCAUUGGACAACACCAUUGUAGCCAAUAUUGCACCGGCUAUUGUGAACCACUUUGAGUCGGUGGAGAAUUUACCAUGGAUGUCAGUUGGGUUUAUGAUUGGCGCCGUGGCGAUGGUUCUCAUUGUGGGCAAACUAUAUACUCUCUACAACGCCAAAUGGCUGUACAUCAUUUUCACAGUCAUAUUUAUGGCGGCCUCUGCACUCUGCGGCGCCGCUCCCACUAUCGAUGUUGAGAUUGUUGGACGAGUUUUUGCUGGUGUAGGUGGAAAUGGAAUGUAUAUUGGUGUCCUAACGCUGCUAUCGCUGAAUACAACGAGCCGUGAACGUCCACAGUAUCUCAGUUUAACUGGGCUAGUCUGGGGCCUAGGAACAGUUCUCGGUCCCGUUGUCGGUGGUGGAUUUGAGUUGUAUACGUGGAGGUGGGCCUUCUAUAUCAACUUACUAUUCGGCAUCAUCCUUCUUCCGUUAUAUAUUUUUGUGAUCCCAUCGAACUCCGUAAAGCCGGAGCUAUCAUCCCAACAGAAGCUUACUAAUUUUGAUUGGGUCGGAGCUAUCCUCAGUGUUGCGGCAUUCACAACUCUAGUGAUGGGCAUCAACUUUGGAGGAACACUGUAUAACUGGAAAGCGGCACAGAUCAUUGCUCUUUUCGUUCUGUCAGGUAUAUUAUGGAUAACAUUCGUUUUACAGCAGGGCUUCGCGAUUAUCACCUCCUUCGACAACCGGUUAUUCCCCAUACAUUUACUUAAGCUAAAGGAACCUGCUCUUCUUUUUAUUGCAUGUGCCUCGGCGGGUAUAGUAACUUACCCGAGUGUGUACUACAUUCCGAUCUACUUCCAAUACACGAAAGGUGACAAUGCAAUCAUAUCUGCUGUCCGGCUGCUCCCCUUCAUCUGCAUGUUAGUCGUGGCCAUUCAGGGAAGUGGGAUCAUGAUGUCCCGGGUGGGGUAUUAUAAGCCAUGGUAUUUGGCCGGAAGUGUCCUUGCACUCAUUCCAGCAGUCUUAAUGUCUACUGUUGUGGAAACACACACGUCUCCCAGCGUCCUAUACGGCCUCGAACUGGUUCUAGGAUUAGGUGCCGGCUUAUAUACUCAAGCAGCAUUCGCUGUGAUCCAAGCCGUUACACCCCCGUCGGACAGCGCUGACGGAUUGACGCUAAUGAUACUUGCUCAACUUACCGGAAUGACACUUGGCCUGUCCAUUACGGGUGCCACAUUUGUUAAUGUCGCUCAAAACCGUCUAUACGAAUUGUUACCGAAGCUUCCCCGGGCACAGGUCUCCCGCAUCGUAUCAGGGACCAGCAGUGGACUUUUAAGUACAUUACCAAGGCACAUCCGAGAGCAAGCGCUGGAUAUCAUUGUGCUUGCAUGGCGUGACGUGUUUACGUGUGUCUACGUUGGCGCAGCCCUUAGCCUCGCCUGCGCAAUUUUUCUAGCAAACAAGCGAGCCAAUAUCAGGGCUGGAGCAGGUGGCGCUUAA